GAUAUGUGCAUGUUUUACAUGUUAUUUCCUGUCAUGCAUCUAGUUUUGGUAUAUAUGCGUUGUGCUUUGGAAAGAAAUGGAACUACAAAUGUGGUUUUCAUAUUGUCUUAAACACUUUCAGGUGGGCCAUACAGCUGACGAGGCAGUGGUAAAGGAAAAGAUGAAGUUAACACUGGCCUAUCAUCAGAAGCUGCUGCAUGACCCUAAAGAGUCAACUGAUAUUCUAGCAAUUUUUCAGCGAUUCCUGGAUAUACCAGGCUUGAUUGAUCAAGAUUUUGCACUUCUAUUUGGUGAUGCGCCCUCUGCAAAGUUGCUGGAGAAGUGGUCUACCAACAUAAAACCAAAGGUUAUUGAACAGAGCCGUGGCCUUACACAGACUAGUGAGCUCCAAGACCUCGUCCAAAAUGCUGAAGCCACUGAAAUUGAAGAAGGUUGGGACAGCGACAUGUCUUCCAUUCUGAUGCUGGUUCACCUUUUGCCACCCUCAAGUCAAGGCCGCAAAAGACCGGGAAAGAUCUCAGCUAGACAAGCAUGUGAUCAUCUUGUGAAAUUCAUCAAGACUGGUUCCAGUAUCCAAGGCCACUUGGAUAGCAUUGGAGAGAGUCUCCAGCCAUAUCCACUUGCUGUUGGGCUGAAGAGAAGUAGGAUCCAUUCUUGGUUUAUUGUAAUUGACCAACAUGCUCUACCCUGUAAGACUUCUAAUUCACUAGCCUGUGUUGAUGAGCUUUUCAAAGCUCACUUUGUCUUUGGCACGUCAUACUGUCAGGAAUUGACCAAUGUGUAUAGCUUUCUGCAAACAACUGUCUAUGAUAUAGAUGUUGAAACCACCAAGGUGAAUCCCAGAGUGGCUAAGUUAAGAGCUAGAAUUCUCCAGUAAGCAUAUGAUUUGUUUCAUUUGUAAAAAGGGGCAUGUUAAUGCCAAUGCCCUUAUAAGGCACUUUAAGUUAGUUCAUGGCCUUUGUCCAGGAAAGAGUCUCAAGUUAAAAUGUGCUCAAAGAGGUUGUUCACGUGUUUACUAUAGUUUUUCUGGAUUACGAAAGCAUCUCAGCAAGUGUUGUGCAAUUGACUAUUCACGCCUCGAUAGUGGUAAAAGCUCAUCCACCGCCAACUCCAUUUCAUUAGACGAUGUAUGUGUUUUACCAAACCAAAAUUCACCUUGUGAGUCUGCACUCCUAAAAACAAAUAUAGUAAACAGUUGUGCAACAGUGGUAGCUGAACUUAAAGUUGCUGGUGUCGCAGAGACAACUAUGUUAACUAUGUUGUUGGUGCUCUAGAAGAAGUGAUUGGAGACCUUCAUCGUGAAACUCAAGAAUCUGUGAAAAACAGUCGAUCUUUAGAGGAGCCCAUCAAAAGUGUUGUUGAGUCUCAAAUUGAUCAGUGUUUUGAAAAAAUGCAAAAUCCUUUUGUGGUAUUAAACACUGAGAGCAAGAGAAUGCAGUACUUUUCAGAGAAAUGGGGAAAAAUAGAUCCUGUUGAAUAUGUUCUUGGAACAAGAUUUGCCACACGGCUUAACAGAACAACUGGAAUGUUUGCCCAAACCAUUGUUAAGGAUAAAUUUGUAUAUAUACCAAUUUGUGAGACAUUACAGUCCAUUUAUAAGCACCCUAACAUUACAGAUAUGAUGGCAAGAGAUUCACAACAAAGACCAAAUUGUCUUAAUGAUAUACACGAUGGGGAAUUCUUUAACAGUCAUGCACUCUUCUCAAAACAAAGACGUAGUUCAAAUCCAGCUUUUUUUGAUGAAUUUGAAUGCUCAAUUUCCCUCGGUUCCUGUGAUAUUGGGACAAGACAGCACGAUACUACAGCUCGAAGCAUCGACUUCUACAACAAAGGGAACAGCCAGGUCAGGAUGCCGGAGAAUGGGAGCCGUGGUAAAGCUGAGUUUAAUUUUAAGUGUUCUUUAGCUCUUCAUUUUAAUCUAUUCCAUCUGGUAAGGUAGGAUUCUGACUUUUGUGUACUAUUUGUUUAACUUGGUUGGUACUAGAGUUGUUAGGGGCCGGGGUGGUGGUACAGGUCUGCUGUUGUCACGGAGAUGGUUCUCUCCCCCCUACGUCCUCAAACAUGGACCUUUUCCGUCCUUUGUCCACUAAACGCAGGAAGAGUUCUUGUCCUGCUCCUUGGCUGUCAAAUGUGCUUUGCAACAAUUGGAGAGAACUACGAACAGCAGAGAGUAAGUGGAAGAAAUCUUGACUCUACACAGAUCUCGUCUCUUACUGUACGUGCCUGUCCAUAUUCUCUUCGGAUGUGACUUCUGCCAAGACUUCCUUCUACAACAAAAAGCUUGAAGCUUCUGCACAAGAUCCCUGAAAGCUCCACAAAAACUUCUCUGCACUACUCAAUCCUCUUACUCCACCUGCUCCAUCAUCCCUGACCACUGAAGAUCCCACCACUUUUUACACAGAGAAGAUUGAGAAGAUAUGCCAGACCUUCACACCUGCCCCAACUUCAUCUACAUUACACAGUCAGGAUUCAGCUACUCCUUCACUGAAGCAUCUCUCAACCAUAGCAGCAGAAGAGGUUUUGCAAAUCAUCCAGUCCUGCAAUCCUACCAAAUGCCCACUCGAUCCAAUACUUUCCGCCAUGCUCUAGACCAUGUCGCUUGACUUCCUGCCCUUCAUCACCACAGUCAUCAAUGGAUCCAUAACAUCUGGUCAGUUACCAAGUGCCUUUAAGAAAGCAAGGGUUAUCCCCAUACUGAAGAAACCUGCUCUGGAUCCCUCUGACUUCAGUAACUACAGACCGGUAUAACCUCUCUUUUCUUUCAAAAAUUCUCGAAUGCAUUGUUUAUAAUCAGCUGUCUGACUGUCUCCUGCAGAAUAACCUCCAUGAUCCCAACCAGUCUGGCUUCAAAGCAGCUGAUUCCACAUAGACUGUCCUUUUGGCAGUCACUGAGAAACUACAUGCUGCUAGAUCAGCCAAGCUAUCAUUGGUCCUCAUCCUCCUUGAUCUCUCUGCAGCAUUUGACACAGUAAACCACAAGACUCUCUUGUCUACCUCAGGAGUCUUGGAAUUUGUGGAACAGAAUUAUGUGUAUGCCACACUAAAGAGAUAUGUCUUUAAAGAGCCCCGAACACUGUCAGGAAGGCUAUUCCAAAGUUUAGGAGCUAAAUACAAAAACACUCUACCCCCUUUUGAGGACUUUAAUAUUCUGGUAACUACCAUAAGUCCAGAGCUUUGUGAUCUUAGAGAGCAUGGUGGAUUGUAGCAUUUCAGAAGACUGGUUAGAUAAGUGGGAACUAAACCAUUUACAGCCUGGUACGUAAGUAGUGCCUGUUUGUAAUCAAUUCUAAACUUGACAGGUAGCCAGUGCAGGGAUGAUAAUAUUGGGGUUAUAUGAUCUGGUAAGAACUCUAGCGGCUGCAUUCUGGACUAACUGUAGCUUGUUUAUUGAAGAUGCAGAACAACCACCUAGUAAUGCAUUACAAUAGCCUAGUCUGGAGAUCAUCAACACAUGAACUAGCUUUUCUGCAUCAGCUACAGAUAAAAUGUUCCUAAGCUUGGCAAUAUUUCUAAGGUGGAAGAAGGCUGUUUUUGUAAUAUCGGAGAUAUAAGGACAAGUUGCUGUCUAAUAUUAUGCGCAGGUCUUUCACUGUCGAGCUAGUAGUAAUAGUACAUCUUUCUAAAUGCAAGCUGAAUUGUGAGAGCUUCUGUGUACUGUUUUUUGGACCAACAAGUAAUAUCUCUGUCUUAUUUGGAUUUAGUAAUAGAAAAUUAUCAGUCAUCCAAUCUUUUAUAUCUUUGACACACUCAGUUAAUCUGGACAAUUAAGAUAUUUUAUCUGGUUUUGAUGAGAUAUAUAACUGGGUAUCAUCAGCAUAACAAUGGAAACUAAUCCCAUGUCUUCUAAUGAUGUUACCCAAGGAAAGCAUGUAUAUUGAGAACAGCAGAGGUCCUAAAACUGACCCUUGAGGAACCCCGUAUUUCACUGGCAUUACACUGGAUAGUUCUCCAUUUAAAUUUACAAAAUGGUAUCGAUCAGAGAGGUAGGAUCUAAACCAUUUUAAUGUCUGUCCUUUAAUGCCAGUGUUGUUUUGUAAGCGAUCUACAAGAAUAUUAUGAUCUAUAGUAUUGAAUGCAGCACUAAGAUCAAGUAAGACUAAAAUUGAGAUGCAGCCUUGGUCAGAAGCUAAAAACAAGUCAUUUGUGAUUUUAAUUAGUGCAGUUUCUGUACAAUUUCUGUAAGAUGUUGUUUUCCUGUAAGAAGGAGCAUACUUGAGCUGUAAAAGCGCGGGUCGGAGUGGUGUUGACACCUCAGAUUGUCCAAACGGAUGGCUGUGGAGAUAAACUGGAAGAGCAUCAUGUUAGUAUCCCAACACUCAUCACAAUCAGCCUGUAGUGCUGGGUGGAUGCCUUCAUGGAACACAGCUCGCAGGGAUGUCUCAUUCCACCCUGAUUGUGUGGCUAGCAUACGAAACUUUAUAGCAUAUUCAGCAGCUGAUUUAGAGCCUUGGCAUGAUUCUAGUAGUUGAUUCUAGUAGGUUCCGACCGUCUUUUUCUCCCUCUGAGUAUUCAAAUACCUCCAGAAUCAAGUUAGCAAAAUAGUUAGCUGAGGAUUUAACCUGAGGAUCACUAUCCCACAUGGCUGAGGCCCAUUCAAGUGCUUUACCCGUAAGUAAUGAUAACAUAAAUGCACACCUUGUGAGAUCUGUUCUGUAGAGUUCGGGCUGAUGUGCGAAGAAAUUAUCGCACUGCCGGAGGAAGCCACAGCAGUGGUCGGCAGAUCCAUCAAAUUUCUCAGGGAGGGCCAUACGGGGGAAUUUUUUACGUGGUGCCGGUGCGGGAAAUCCACUGGAUUCGUAGGAGGCAAAGUAUCCUGUAUCGACUCGCUGGAGGCAGAAGGAGUAGAAUCCAUAUACAGAUUUUAUUAAAAACAAACAUGGCAGGCAAAAAUUGUAAUCAGUAAACGUAGCAAAAAGUCCAAAACACUAGACUAGAUUCAAAAACGUAAAAGCAGAAAACAAAGGUCAUACACGAAUUUUCAAGAACAACAAUAGAGAAAGGUUUGGUAUGCUCACACGGAAACGAUACUUCAUGCCAAGUGGUCUGCGUGCCUAUGUCCGUGGGGAAACGUGGAAGAGCGGGUUUCAAAACUCAGGAGAGAGCUCCCUCUGGUGUUCGAUCUCCAGGUGUGACAUGACAAUAACUCUUUAAAUUAGAAUUUUUUUCUAGACUCCUUAUUUAUAUGUGUGUGCUAGAGAUAGAUCAACACCAUUAUGGAUUUGCAUGCCACCAUAAAAGCUGCAGAUGGAUUUAAGGUUAUUAGAUGUAAGCAUUGAAGAAUGAUGCUAUAAAUGUAAUUAAACUCACAACCCCAGCACUCUGCUCCUCUAGGAAGAAAGCAGUGUCACCCACACUUGCACAAAACAACUGGGAUAUUUAAGAACCAUUUUAGACAUAUUACAACUGAUUCAUUGGACAAUUAAGGGACCUAACUAAUGUAUACACUGAUAUCAAUUACAUGUAGUUGUGCAUAAUCGCCCAUCUCACUUGCUCAAUACAGGUUCAGACACUAACCGGCAGAGUCGUGCAUCAGUGACGUCACUUUACUGAUUGGCUAGAGAAGGGCAGUAGGUUGAGAAGCAGUGGACCAAUGGAGACUUUAAUCCUGCCCUAUAAUCUGCAUAAAACCCUACUUGUGAUUUUUGGUAUAACAUACUAGCAACCUGGUAAAAAGAACACAGAAAAGUGAACCGCAAAUAAAGAGAAAAUUAAAUAACAAGCAAAAAUUGGCAGAAAAGGUCUGCACAUGUUGCGUUCAUUCAUUAAAAGUUUGUUUUUAAUUCUUAGUAUUUCAAGUCCUUUUCUUUGUUUUUUUUGUUUGUUUUAUUUUUUACAUUUUGUGUUCAAUUCCAUGAUUUGCAUGUAUUAUUUUUUUACGAGUAUGUUACUUAUGACUUCUGCAAGGAAAAGCUUGAAGCUUCUGCACAAGCUCCUCAAAAGCUCCACAACAAUUUCUCUUCACUACUCAACCCUCCAGAUCCACCUGCUCCAUCCUCCUUGACUGCUGAAGAUUUCACUACGUUUUAUACAGAGAAGAUGAGAAGAUCUGCCCAACCUUCACUUCUGCCUGAACUGGAAUUUCUCAACUGUAGCAACAGAAGAGGUUUUGCUAACCAUCCAGUCCUGCAAUCCUACUACCUGCCCACUGGAUCCAAUCCCUUCCACUAUGUUCCAGACCAUCUCGCCUAACCUCCUACCCAGGGCCGGCCCGUGGCAUAGGUGACAUAGGCAGUUGCCUAGGGCGCAAAAUGACUGGGGGAUGCCGCAUGAGAGGGGUUUUUUUUGUUGGAAGUGCACCCCCUUGUGACCAUUUUUGCCAAUUAACAUAAUUUUAGUACUCAUUUUCAGCUAACUGCUGAACUGAUUAAAAUAUUGAUAGAACAAAAUAAAAUUGACAUAAACAAAAAAAUCAUGAUAUUUGACAACAUGUAAUGUUGGACUAAUUUUAAUAUUGUCUGCGUCAUGACGUGAUUAUAAUGUCAUCAUAACGCAUUAAUUAUGCAUGCACGGGCAGUUACCAUAUAUAAUAGUUUUGCCGUUUAUGUGCUCUGAAAGUAUUCAUGCUGCUAGAUCAGCCAAGCUGUCAUCUGUCCUCAUCCUCCUUGACCUUUGUGCAGCAUUUGACAGAGUACUCUCUUGUCCACCCUCAGGAGUUUUGGAAUUCAAGGAAUGGAGUGAGAAUGGUUUGCUUCCUACCUCGAUGGUUGCUCAUAUCAGAUAACAUGGAAGGGAUUGACACCUGCUGCAUGCUGUCUCUCUACUGGUGUCCCACAAGUACUUGGUCCUCUCUUUUUCUUCCUCUAUACUCAUUAUCUUGGCAAGUUAUAUCCUCACAUGGAUACUCAAUCCCAGAAAAAUUGAACUGCUGGUCAUUCCAGGUGACUCAUCCCCAGUCCAGGAUCUUGUGUUAUCUCUGAACAACUACAAGAUCUCCCCUUCAGCCACUGCUCACAACCUUGGGAUAACCAUGGACAAUCAACUGUCAUUUUCCUCCCAUGUUACUAAUAUCACAUGCUCAUGUCGGUUUCUUCUGUACAACAUCAGAAGGAUUCUGCCAUUUCAUGCUACUCAGGUGCUUGUUCAGUCUCUUGUCAUUUCGAGACUGGCUACUGCAAAUCUUUCCUGGCAGGUCUUCCUCUGAAUGCAAUUUGUCCACUGCAAAUGAUCCAAAAUGCAGCUGCAUGACUUGUUUUCAACUUGCCAAAGUUCUCCCACACCACCCGACUGCUGUGUUCCCUCCACUGGCUUCUGCUAGCUGCAUGCAUCAGAUUCAAAACACUGAUACUUGCCUACAAAGCCAAGAAUGGACCAGCACCAUCUUACCUCAAAGCCCUUAUUACUCCUUUUCCUUUCUUGAAGUGUUCUCACCAUCUGUAGGUUGCUAUCUGAAUGAUACAGAAAAGAUCUAGAAUGGCUCACUCCAGAAAGCUGCUGCAAACUCUUGAAGAUUUCAUUUUUGAAUUCUCAUCCAUGGACAUGGUGCAGUUUGGCUGGAAAUCCAAAUCAAGGAAUAAAGUCAUUAAAAUUUUCUCAGCUACACUCUUUCCUGACUUGUUUUGUAAAAUGAUCUAUGACAACAAGGAUGUACUCAUACCCAGGUGUAAGUAAUCAAUAGAUACAAGCUCAACGGGUUAACUGGUUGUUAUGCUGCCCAUUGGAGCUCUUGUGUGUACAGCUGGCUUUUUCUGUUUUAUACAUGGACAUUGUUGUGUAACAUAUGCUUCAAUGUCUCUUUUAAUGAACUGCCAAUAGAACCUGUCUCUGGCAAGGCUCAAACAUCUUUAUACGCCAACAUGGCCCAUGUUGUCAUGUUGUUGCUUGAGAACAGUUUGUUUAUACUGGUUAGGCAGAAUGAAUUGACGUCUUUGCUCAGUUUUAUGAAAUAGGAGUCUUCCUUCCAUGUGCAGCUUUCUCCAGUCAUGCAUGAGCUUUUUCUUUAUCACUGGUAAGUACAGCAUUAGAUUCCUUCAGAUAUUUCCUCAAUUCAUCCGCACUUAUCUCUUUCAGGAAUGCAUGGAAAGCACAUUCAAUUUAAUUCAAACUUAAUUUUUCAUCUUGCAUUUGAUAGAGAACAGAUCUGAGCCCUUGUUCUGAGGCAUCUGUAUGGAGUGUAAAAGGUGAGUUGGAAUCGGGAUAUGCCAGAACUGACGGGGUGAAUCAUGCAUCAAUCAGUCAUCCUCCAUUCUUCUUUGAAAUUCAGUGGGGGCAAUGGUUGACCCAAAAGGUAUCCGCACCCAUUCAUAGUGUUGCGAAUUCACAAAAGCAGACCAGGGGACUCGGAAGUAGUGUUCAGCGGGAAUUUUUUAUUGGAGACCAGAACACACUGCAAUGGUACUGUAGUCAUCAAGUCCAGUGAAAAGGAACAUAUGUUGCAGUUUUAAAGGCCUUGAGUGGGCAGGCCUUGAAGGUGUGACAAUACAAAAGCCUAGAGGUGAUAUUCUUAAACAGUGUCAGCUGUCAGCUAGUUCACAGUUCCUGAUCACUGUCUGAUUUGAUCACCGUUUGGUGGUGCGAGCUGGGAUAUGGGGAGCUCUAUUUCCUACAGUAGACCCCAUGGAGCAGCCCUACUGCUGAAGGCUGUCAGUUAUCAUGAUCUUUCAGCUACAAAACCUUGAUGAUAGGCCUUGCCCUGGUCCAA